AUGCCCCGCUCCCGGCAAGCCGCUCGGUUUCCGAGCGAGGCCCCAUCCGAGACCUCCAGCUCGACCUCCCCAGAUCGCACCGUCGAUGACGAUACCGACUUCUUCACAGCCCAAGCAAACGAUUCGCAAUCAUCCAUCGGCGUCGCAAACAUCCGGGACUCCAGUCACCAUGACCAGUACGUCGCUUUACCGCCCAUCGGACGUCUCCCCCCGGAGAUCUUGAUUGCAAUCUUUGCCAAACUGAGCUCGCCAGCGGACUUGCUUAGCUGCAUGCGGGUGUGUCGUGGUUGGGCAGCGAACUGUGUGGGGAUCCUUUGGCACCGGCCGUCGUGCAACAACUGGAAAAACAUGAAGAGCAUCGCCGACUCCGUGGGCGAGGCCGAUAGUAUCUUCGAGUACUCGGCGCUGAUCCGACGGCUGAAUCUCUCGGCGUUGGCGGAUGAUGUCAGUGACGGCACUGUCAUGUCUUUCGCCCAGUGCAAACGGAUCGAGCGCCUUACCUUGACGAAUUGCUCCAAACUUACGGACACAGGGGUGUCGGACCUGGUUGAUGGGAACCGUCACCUCCAAGCGCUAGACGUGUCGGAGCUUCGUUCCCUGACAGACCACACCCUCUACACGGUGGCGAGGAACUGCCCUCGGUUGCAGGGGCUGAAUAUCACGGCCUGUGCCAAGGUGACGGACGAAUCUUUGAUCAUUGUCUCACAGAAUUGUCGACAGAUCAAGAGGUUGAAAUUGAACGGGGUUGGCCAAGUGACGGAUAAAGCGAUCAUUUCGUUUGCGCAGAAUUGCCCUGCGAUCCUUGAGAUCGACCUGCAUGAUUGCAAACUCGUCACCAAUGCUUCCGUGACUUGUCUGAUGGCAACUCUUCCCAAUCUUCGUGAACUGCGACUGGCGCAUUGCAGCGAAAUCGACGACACCGCAUUUCUGGAGCUUCCAAAGCAUCUCUCUAUGGAUAGUCUCCGUAUUCUAGAUCUCACAGCUUGCGAAAAAAUCAAGGACGACGCAGUGGAGCGCAUUGUUCAGUCAGCGCCUCGUUUACGAAACCUUGUCCUAGCCAAAUGUCGGCAGAUCACCGAUCGCGCGGUCUGGGCGAUCUGCAAGCUUGGGAAGAAUCUACACUACGUCCAUCUUGGUCAUUGCUCCAAUAUCACGGAUUCUGCCGUCAUCCAGCUGGUCAAGUCCUGCAACCGCAUUCGGUACAUCGAUCUGGCGUGCUGCAACCUUCUCACCGACCUUAGCGUGCAGCAGUUGGCAACGCUGCCCAAGCUACGACGGGUGGGUCUAGUUAAGUGCCAACUGAUCACGGACGUUAGCAUCAGGGCCCUUGCUCGGACGAAUGUAUCACACCAUCCGCUGGGAACCAGUAGCUUGGAGCGGGUCCAUCUAAGCUACUGUGUCCAAAUAACGCAGAGGGGUAUUCACGAGCUGCUCAACAACUGUCCUCGUCUCACCCACCUGAGUCUCACUGGCGUGCAAGAGUUCCUGCGAGAGGAGCUUACCGUAUUCUGUCGCGAGGCACCUCCAGAGUUCACCAACCAGCAGCGGGACGUCUUCUGUGUCUUCAGCGGCGAGGGCGUCAACCGGCUCCGAGACUUCCUUAACCGAACCAGCUCUCCCAUACGCGAUAUGACUGAGGCGACGAUGUACGACGAUGACGAAGAAUUAGAAGAGGACGAGGGCCAAGUGACUGGCCUCUUGCAUGCGACCGCGAUUCACGACGCCGACGAAUACACGGAUAUACCCGAUAGUCAGACCGAUACCCUGCCUACGACUUGA